GAUCCAUGGCAGGGGGACAUAUGAUCCAGAAGCACUAGCCGGAUUAUGUUCGGGGUUAAUCCACGAUGAGGAUCAUUCCACCGCUUUUUUUUUUUAUUUCCACGUCUUUCCUGCUUUUCCGGUGAAAACGUCUCGCAGCUCCGUCACCCUCCUCGCUCCGCCCUCCACCACUGCGGAUCCUCCUGAAUCGCUCCGGAACCACAGACCUCUGCAUGCGACAGUCUCAUUGAUAAAGUCUCUUUACUUCACCCCCGAUUUCCACCGCGAUCCCCGAGCUCGGAUCGGGAUUCGUGCAGGUUUCAUGCAUGAGCUGCAACAUGGAUUAAUAAUCCCAGAAUGACCCGCCCGGACGCUGCUUCCUCACCAAACCUCACCAUGUAUCAGCUGCUGCGGUCGUCUUUACUACUGAACGCCCAGUGCUGGGACGCCAACAGUAAGCGGUUCUACCAGGACCUGUUCGAGAAGCUCGACACCAACAAUGAUGGGAAGGUGGACGUCGCGGAAUUACGAGCGGGCCUCAAAUCCAUGGGUGUAUUCCGCCAGGGUGCUGCACAGAAAAUCGUCUCGUCCGGUGACCGAAACCAGGACGGGAGUCUGGACUUCAGCGAGUUCACCAAAUAUCUGAAGGAGCACGAGAAGAAGCUGAGGCUCACGUUCAAGAGUUUGGACCGAAACAACGAUGGGCGGAUUGAUGCCUCAGAGAUCCAGCAGAGCCUCGCAGAGCUGGGCAUGGACAUCAGCAGGGAGGAUGCACUGAAAGUCUUGCAGAGUAUGGAUAUUGACGGCACCAUGAUGGUGGACUGGAAUGAGUGGAGAGAGCACUUCCUGUUUUACCCGGGACACAAUCUGGAAGAGAUCAUUCGCUUCUGGAAACACUCCUCGGUGCUGGACAUAGGUGACAGUCUCACCAUCCCUGAUGAAUUCACAGAAGAAGAAAAGAGCUCAGGAAACUGGUGGAAGCAGCUUUCUGCUGGUGCUGUGGCGGGCGCCAUCUCUCGCACCGGUACCGCCCCUUUGGACAGGAUGAAAGUCUUCAUGCAGGUUCACUCCACUAAGAGCAACACGAUAAGUUUGGUGGGAGGCUUCAAACGGAUGAUAAAAGAAGGAGGUGUGUCUUCACUGUGGAGAGGAAACGGAAUCAAUGUUUUAAAGAUUGCACCCGAGACCGCAAUCAAAUUUAUGGCAUAUGAACAAUAUAAGAAAUUGCUAUCAACAGAAGGCCAAAAGAUUGAGACACACAAGAGGUUCAUUGCCGGCUCUAUGGCUGGGGCCACAGCACAGACAGCCAUCUACCCAAUGGAGGUAUUGAAAACUCGCCUGACGCUGAGAAAGACCGGCCAGUUUUCAGGAGUGUUCGAUUGUGCCAAGACGAUCCUGAGGAAGGAGGGUGUCAAGGCUUUCUACAAGGGCUACAUUCCAAACCUACUGGGCAUCAUUCCUUACGCCGGAAUAGACCUCGCUGUUUAUGAGAGUCUAAAGAACACUUGGUUGUCGCACCACCCCAAAGACUCGGCUAACCCUGGAAUUCUGGUGUUGCUGGGCUGCGCGACCAUCUCCAGCACCUGUGGCCAGCUGACUAGCUACCCGCUCGCACUUGUACGCACACGGAUGCAGGCACAAGCGUCUCUGGAUUCAUCAGACCAGCCGGCCAUGGUUUCACUAGUAAAGAGGAUCAUAGCCCAAGAAGGCUUUUUCGGACUCUACCGCGGCAUCCUGCCAAACUUCAUGAAAGUAAUUCCUGCUGUCAGCAUUAGCUAUGUGGUUUACGAAUACAUGAAGACUGGCUUAGGAAUAUCCAAAUGACCAUCCAAGCAAAUCCGAAAAGAGGAACCUUUUACUGUAUUUGUCAGACCUGAAAAAUGUCUGGAAUAACUCCAAGAAGACAGAUGGACAUGAGACAUACAGAGCAUGACUUCCUCAGCUGGCACAGGAGCCCAGUGGAUGGAAAACUGCAUGUAUCCCAGGGUUUUCUGUCAGGAACUGAAGCAUUUAUCGAUUGUGGAGAGCAUGCUUUAAUUUCUAUCCUGCUGUCACACAUGACAGACUCACCAAAACAAUACUUGAGAAGCAGAAAGAAGCAGAAAGAACUGUACUUGAAAUAUGCAUGAAAGGUGAUUUUUAAAUACAAACUCUUUAAUUUAACCAACUGUUAUUCAACCAAAAUGCUAACUGAGUGGGACUCAGCGUCUUAACAAAGGAAACAGUUUCUCUGGAGAAAGGUGGAGCUAAUCCCACGAGACACACAGCAGGAUUAACGUCUGUUUUCAACUCAUUAAUAGUCAAAAUGAUACAAUGCCAGUUUACAUUUUUAGAGGUAUUUUAACACUUGUCCGAAAUAAUUUCCCCUGAAAAAUUAUUACUACACUGGAAUACUUUGUGUGUGUGUGUGAGAAGACACAUACAUACACCUUGUGUCAAAAGCCAUUUAUCCACAGGCCAUGUUUGUUAUUUUUUUAUAUAUAUUAUAAUACUGUAUGUCUGUAUAUCUGUGUACAUAUAUAUUUAUACAGUAUCUUGUUAUAGUCAUGUUAAAUUAUGGGAGUAAUGAUGGUUAUGCAACAUGGCAGCAUUUGAAAGAAAAGACAUGAUAUUUUGGACUGAAAAGCUUGCAUGCGAGGAGAGUUUGUCUUGUAUUAUUUCUCAUUUCGACACAUCUAGAACCUCACACUGAAUACACGCCCAUUAAAGGUUCCUGUUACAUUUAACAUUUCCUUCUUGUUCUGUCACACUGUGGGAAGUUUUAAUUCCCCAUGGCUGAUGACAAUCAAAGCAUUUUUUCUUCAUGUUUUCAAGUCACAUAAGUUGCCAGGUUUUUAAGAAACUAUGAAUGACUCUCAUGAUUAAAUUGUCCUGAACAUGUGGACAUUUUUCACAGAAGUUUAUAUGGACUUUGAUGGAAGGCUGAAUGUAGAGCAAUGGUUCAGUGAUGUCGAGUUUGAUGAUUGAGAUCGUACUGACUGAGGUGUGUGGACAAGGCCACCCACUGGUAAAUAAAGAAAAACACAUGGAACAA